CUUAGUCCUUUUUAAACGCGGAUUUUAAAUCACUUAUUUCUUCAAACGCAAAUCGUCGUCACUAAAGAGUUUGUCGCGUUUAGAAUAAUGGGCUUCUUAACGGGCCAAUUCAAGUGUGCCCAAUUACUUCAAAAUCCUAAAUUGAUUGGAUAGGACCAAAAGUCAAAGAGAAUCAUCAAGACAAGUGUCUUUAGUUUUGGUCACGGCAUAUGCCAAAAAGGCCCAACUAGUGUAAUAGAAAAAAGAGAGCGUUGCCUCCACGCGACCACGACCAGAGCCCCCACCAUUCCUUUUUAAAAUUCAAUUCAAUCACCCACAGUUUCUUCAUCACUGCGAGAGAGACGAAAACCAGAGAGAGAGAGAGAGAGAGGGAGAUGCAAUCGCUGCAAGAUAAGGCAUCGGUGUUAAGCGGCGUCGAUCAGGCUGAGGCGUUCGCCAUCGACGAGUCCAAUCUGUUCGACAAGCUUGGUCUUCAGACAUUCAUCAACCUAUCCACCAAUUUCUAUACCAGGGUAUAUGAUGACGAAGAAGAAUGGUUUCAAUCAAUAUUUUCUAACUCUAACAAAGAAGAUGCCAUCCAAAACCAGUAUGAGUUCUUUGUCCAGCGUAUGGGAGGCCCUCCUUUGUAUUCUCAGAGAAAAGGUCAUCCUGCUUUGAUCGGACGUCACCGUCCAUUUCCAGUGACCCAUCAAGCUGCUGAGAGAUGGCUAGAGCACAUGCAAAAUGCUCUGGACGAUUCGGUUGACAUUGACCAGGACUCAAAAAUCAAAAUGAUGAAGUUCUUUAGACACACCGCAUUUUUCCUUGUGGCUGGAAACGAGCUGAAGAAUCAGAAUGAGAAACCGAAGCAUAAGCCUCAAUGUGCUUGUAAACACGCAGCCAAUAAACCAGCAGAAGAAUAAUUUAACUACAGAUUCUUGUUCUACUUUAAGUUUCCAUUCAAAGUACACAAAAGAUUCUACGGAAUAUUGGUCUUUCCUGGAAAGCUAUGUAAGAGAAAUAGAACUGGUCUACUCUUGGCUCUCACUGCAAAUUUGCAAUAGCACUUUUUCAUUAGAUGGUCUGACACAAAAUAUGUAACAUUACAAGUAUAACUUUUAAGAAUAUGAACAAUUCUAAACAUUAUUUACAACACUUCACCUGAUU